AUGUCGGACUAUACGAGUAUCCAAAGUGCUAUGGAGCAAAAUCAGAGUAUCACAUAUGAGCCAGUGCCAGAUAUAAACGGAGACAUAUUCACGGAUCCCGCGUUAUCUAAUCCAGAGCUCGAUAUACACUUGGAAUGGCCUGAUUCGGAAGCUCUCUUGCAUAGCAUUAUCACGUUCGACUGGGGCUCACUGACUUUGCCGCCUGGCAGCGUGCCAACACCUCAGACACUCCAACAAUUGCUACCACAGGCCAACGUUUCCUCUGACAUCCAGUUAGUAGAUGCCGAGGAGAACCAGGAUGAUCAAUUAUCACCCGUCAACGGCUCCCGAGAUGCAAUUCAAAGCCUCAGUCAUAUGGUUACAUGCCUUUCACAGAAUGUCGCCUCCGCCGCGAGGUCUCUACCAGAACUUAACCCUGCCUUUCUUGAUAGCUGUCUUCAAGCAUACUUCUCUCACUUCAAUAUCUACUUCCCUAUUCUCCACCGGCCAACAUUCGUAUAUCGUGAUUGCUCGCCGAGCUUGAUUCUUAAUGCUAUAGCGCUUGGGUCAUUGUUCAUCGGCACAAAUGAUGCGGUUCACGGGAGGUAUUAUGAAGACUGGCUCACACCGCCGUGGCCACUGCUAGCCUUAUCACAACAACCUGACCAAGAAGUCAACGAGGAGCGCGCCUGGAAGGAAUGGGCUGCUGAAGAAGUUUAUCACCGCGCGCUUGUUGGCCACUACAUUCUCGACGGCCAACUAAGCUAUCUCUCAGGUCAACCAGGAGCUGCUACGCUACAUGCAACAAAUACUCUCAGGCUUUCCACUUGUUCAAAGGCUUUUGAAGCGCGGGGUGCUCAGGAGUGGCGCCGAGUGAUGGGCCAAGAGCAAUCCGAAGGGCCUGUGUUCUCUUUCAGUGAUAUUUAUCACGAGCUCUUCACCACUAAGGAUACCGACAGCGAGGUCAGUCUAUGUUUGCGCAGCGGAAAAGCACCACUCGAUAGAACCGCGAGACAAUCUUCAAAGUCGAUCGUCAAAAUACCAACACUCCGCGAGGUGAAGCAAGCUCUAGUGCGGGUGUUCCAGCUUUUAAACAACACAUGGUCCUUUGAUGAGACCGAGCGCCUAGAGUUAAUGAUUCGAUGGCACUUUAUCUGCCUUGACCUGCUCUGCGACUCCAUUGAGCUUUUUAACCAAAUCUGUCGACAUCUUCAGAUUGACCAGCACAUUUUCAAGUCAAGAAACAGCGGUAAAGAGCUUAAGGACUCCAUGGAAUGUAUCAGAGGAUCUACUGAUGCCAGAUGUGCCCUUUUACACGCCGUUGCUAUACAGGAUAGCGUCAAUCGACUCCCAUUCAACCGCACAAACACCUUCUGGAUGCCUAUGUCUAUAUUCGCCUCCUCAGUCAUUUAUUCGCUUAGUCGCCUAAAUGGUAUGACAUCUGUGUCUGUGCCUGCAUCGGUACACUGGGAGUCUACACUGAUUGAUCAAACAAACACCGGGAGCUCAGCGCAAGAUGUCUCUUGGAAAAAGACCCAGGCUUUUAUGACGUCAAAUCUCAAAAAGACAAACUACGGUAUAGGACCAGCCCGAAAUCUGCCUUUUGAGAUGAAGAAGAUGCAGACUAUGAUGCAUGGGCUUGCUAGCCAAUGGGGCGUGGCUGUCGAGAUAGUAACCAUUUUGUCACAAAUAGAAACCUUGAAGCCGAUGGAAGAUUAA